GUCCAUGGAGGGGAGGCUGGUUUCUGUGAUGUGAUGUGCUGAGCUGUGUCCGCAACUCUCUGCAGUCUAUGCCAAAUGCAUUCAUUGUUUCUUGACCAGCAUUUGAGGGGAUUUAAAAGGUUAUCGAGAAGGAACAUAGAGUAUAUUUGGCAAUUUUGAUAUAUCUUGGAGAGGUGGCAAAUCCAACAGGGAGGUUUUUGUUGGGAAAACAUACAGAACAUUGUUCCUCCUAAUGUGUCCAGUUUUCAUCAUAUAACAGAGGCAAUAGAUAUUCUGACUUUUUUAACCACUGUAGGGAAUUGCACUUAUUUAUGGUCUUUUCCUCAAACGGUCAAGAGGUUUGGUUGGAGUAGCUUGUGAAGCAGAAUCUCCCUAUUGGCGUCAGCGGCUGGAAAUCAUGGGACCUGAAGCUUGCGAGAGUUCUCGAGUGCUCGGAGGCAGAACGCAAGCGCACAGCGUGAGGUUGGUCCUGCUGUCAAAGUGCUCGGAAAUCAGAGGGGCUGUGUGCGAGGGUACUGUUCCUGCAGGAGUUUAUUCAGGAAGCAAAAAGAAAGUGCAAGAAUAGAAAAAGAGGGCAGCGUUGGAGCACCGCUGGAAUCUUCAGAAGUAAAUGACACGCCGCGUUGCAAUCUCGCUGCUUGUAUGGAGGGGAGGGCGUUUUACACCCAUUGCCCCACAACCAGAUAUGGUCUGGUUGUGAAAUACAAUGAUGGGGUCCACCCUUGAGGUUCAGUCAGAAUGGCUAGGGAAGAUUCCGUUAAAUGUCUACGCUGCUCGCUUUAUGCUUUGAAUUUCCUUUUCUGGCUGAUGUCACUCUGUGUUCUGGGUGUGUCUGCAUGGAUGAGAGAUUACUUGAAUAAUGUACUUGUAUUAACAACAGAAACCAGGCUGGAAGAAGCAUUCAUUCUGACAUAUUUUCCAGUGAUCCAUCCCUUAAUGAUUGCUGUGUGCUGUUUUUUAAUAAUAGUUGGAAUGUUAGGCUGCUGCGGGACAGUAAAGGGAAAUCCACUGCUCCUUGCUUGGUAUUUUGGUAUCCUGCUGAUAAUUUUCUGUGUGGAAUUAGCCUGUGGAGUAUGGAACUAUGAUCAGGACUAUUCGAUCUCCAUACAAAGGUCCGAUAUGCUUGGGUUGAAAUCAAGAAUGUCUCAUUUUGGUAUGGGUACGUACCAAUGGUUAACCCAUGCCUGGAAUUUCUUUCAGAGAGAGUUCAAGUGUUGCGGAGUGGUAUACUUUACAGAUUGGUUAGAAAUGGCAGAAAUGGAGUGGCCUCCAGACUCUUGCUGCAUCAGAGAAUUUCCGGGAUGCUCUAAACAAGCACAUUAUGAAAAUCAUAUUGACAUUUAUCAAGAGGGGUGUGGACAGAAAAUGUACAAUUUUUUGCGUGGCACAAAACAACUGCAAAUGUUAAGGUUUCUUGGGAUAUCCAUCGGAGUGACACAACUGCUGGCCAUGAUACUCACCAUUACAUUCCUGUGGACGUUGUAUUAUGACAAAAGGAGCCACAGACUGGUCAAAAGAAGGACUACUUCCCAGCACCUUGUCUGUCAUUCAGUAGAAUACUGAAAACACGUCCCCAGAAGCAGUGAACUGAAGCAGGCAGGUGCGGCAACAGUUUUUACACACAGUUUGAAAUUGAGGAAUUGUAGCUGGAAUUGGUCAAAUCAGUAGCAUGCUGGGUGUAUUGUGACAAUUGUACAUAAAUUCUGUAUUUACACCAUCAUUCUAAACAAAGGAAUAAGAAAGAGACUGAGAAAAUCAUCUUGAUGAAGUAAUUUGAAGAUAAUUUAUUUUGAUUUAAGGCAAUUUUAUGCUGCUGCUACAUAGGACCUGUACUCGAGUGCCAAUCUUUCUUGGUGUCAUUCCCGCAUUAGAGGUGUCUUAUCCUUGCCUCUGACCUUUUAUAGAGAUCUAAAACAAAGGUUGAUCUCUAGGUACUGAGCUUUGCCUGUUUUAUUAAACCCCUUACAGAUGUCAAGCAUACCGUGCUUCUGCUGUCAAAAGCAUUCUGACCAAUGUUGAAAAGCCUUAAUUAAGAUCUUGGGUCUUUUAAUGUCAUAGAAUACUGGAGCUACUGUACAUUAUCAAAUGUACAUUGCCAAAAUUGACUGACUACUGUACUUGGGGGGGGGGGGUGGAGGGGAAGAGUGCAGAUUAAAUCAAAGCUGAUUAGUUCUUUUGUGUUUACAUUCUGCAUUAACAGAUGCUGAUGUGAAUGAUUUGAUAGAUAUACUCCUUUGUUUAUGUACUGUCUUUGCAUAUAAUUGCAGUUCUAAUUCUCAAUCUUUAGAAUUAAUUCCUUUCUAAUUCCAUGUUGGAAAUCUUCAUCUUUCUCAUUAAACAUUAGAUGUAUAAGGAGCCUGAUAAGAUUUCUUUUACUUGGAAAGUAAAUGCAAAUUACUUUGUAUGUAAUUAGUAUUUAAUUGUAUUUAAAUAUUGCAGACCGCAUGUAUCAAUGUUGUCCUAAUUGCAGGCUGUGUUUUAAUAAUAUAUAGACGAGUAUUGAAAAGUCUGAGGAGUUAGCAUGCAGGGUAUAAUAAGAACACUACAAUUCACUUACUGUUUAAUUUUGCAAGUUAAUGUAAAUACCUGUUAAUAUUUUUUGACCAUGAGGUUCAGAAUAGUUUGAUAAUUGCAAGAAAAUUGUAAUCUAAGCUGUUAAUUUUCUUUUGUUUCAUUUUAUUUCUUGAUGUGUGCUUCCUGAAUGCUAAAAAAGAAAAUGUGAUGCAGCAGGGCGGGAGAGUUACUGGCCAGGAUUUUCCUGAGUCUGACUUGCCUCCUCCACUUGCAGCCCACUGUCCUCAUUCCCUCAACUUCACUGCAUUUGGAAGAUCAAUCUUGCUGACUGAGACCACCCAGGAGCUGAGUGAAGCCCUGCCUGCACUUGGGGCUGAACUAUGUAACCAGGUGAAGUGGGUGGGGCGGAACAAGAUCCACCCAUAAAAUGAGUGGCACUGUGGGUGGUUAACGUUGCAACCCCACAGGUCCAGUGACCCAGGUUUGAUCCUAAUCUUAAAUGCUGUCUGUUUGGAGUUUGCACGAUUUCCCUGGAUGUGCAGUUUGCUCCCAUGUGUCAAAACACUGGUUGGUAUGUUACUUGGCUACUUUAAAUUACUGCUAGUGUAGUUGGGUGGUAGGAAAAUUAGGGAAGGGGGAUUGUUGAUGUGUAUGCAAGUGGGGGGGGAAUAAUUGGGAUGGGAGUAGUUGGGUGUUUGGUGAUCAGCAUGAAAAUGGAGGGCCAAAGGGCACGUUUCCAUGCUGUCUGACUAUGAACACCCCUCAUCCCUUGCAAACUUCUAAUGUUGUCAUCUGUACUUGUUUCAGUUUCUGAAUGUCUAUGAUAUUUCAAAGAACUAUUUAUAUAAAAAAAUUAAAGUAAGUUUACAAAAACUAGAAAUUGUUUUAAGAAAUAAAAAAAAUUAAAACACUUAAACACUUGAUCAAUUAAAAUGUAGCACUUGUUUGUUUCACCCAAUUUGCCUCAUUGCAGAGGUGUGGGUGUAACGAGGACACCAAUGAUAGGAGAAAGAAGCAAAGUUGUGCAGGUGUAAAACCUGAAGGAAGUGGGCACAGAGCCAAAAGUGAACUCAGAAGAGGCCAGCAUUGUGCUUGGUUUGAAAUGUAUUGAGGUGGGUGUAAUGAGAUAAAGCUGAAACCUUUGUGCACUGAUCAUUCAAGAUCAGAGGACAUUGAUUUUAUCCCUCCUUCCAAUUUCACUAUUUGCCCUAUUUUAACAAAGGAAAGUUGAGGGGUAGAAAGAUUUGGGACACUGAUAGUCAAGAAAUGUCAAAGCUUGCACUUUAAAGGAACUUUUUCAUUAAACUGUCAAACAAAGUGAAAAAUGAAAUGGACUUCUUGGCAGGAACAACUCUGACAUGAAAUGAAAUAUUGGUGCUGAAGAGAGAAAAGUAUGUGUGGCAGUACAGGGCAAAAUGAUGAUCUUGGGGAAUAGGGAGAGGAGUGGCUGAGAAAAUAGGCUGAGAGAUCUGUCUGCCAGCAGUGUCACGGAUAUCAAUGGGGAGAAACAACCACUGGCAGAAUGGUGAAUGCAAGUUAAUAUUUUGUUUCUCAAAAACCAAAAAACUGCAGAUUCUGAAAAUCUGUAGAGAGAGGAAGAACAGCGAACAUUUUGGGACAAAGAUCAUUAUGCCCUUCAUUAAACCCUCAUGCCUGACCUGCUGAGUGUUUUGACCAUUUUUCUGUUUUUAUUUUAAUUUUUCUUUCAAUUUGAUUUUCUAUGUGCUCCAGGGCAGAUGGGCUUUGGCUAGCAGAUGAUUGGAGACAAUCACAAGUGUAGGGUCUCAUUUAUUUAAGUUUUAUUUGCUAGACAUUUACUCAAUCCUUUUCCAUUUCUGUUUCUGAACCUUGGUACAUUGAGUAAUUAUUUAAUCACCUUGGUAGUCAUUGUGCUCUAAUUUCAUACUUCAGUUUGGUUGAGGUGAUAUACAGUUGUUUGCUCUGUCCAUCUCACAUUUUCAGCCACUUUAAGCUCAAAAUAUUGCUUGCAUUUGAAUGAGUUAAGGAUUAAAAUUGACAAUCAGUGGGAUCUGGUCAAGGCCCUAGACGCCUUCUGGGUUAUUUGCUUAAAAAUUGGGUUUUGCCUAUUUUUGAUGAGCUCAGCCAUUUUGUGCUUAGCUCCAAUUCCUGUUUGUGACUGCAAAAGAAAAUUGUGUUCCUGACUUUGGGGGUUGGGGUGCGGAGGAACAAAAUUGAAACUGCUCUUGGGUGGUUUACAAGCACAUAGUUCAUGUAUUGUUUGGGAUAGGACCACACUGAGUUGAAUGCAGCUUCUGCCAAUUUACUGCGCAGCUCUUAAAGGCACCCCCCCCCCCCCCCCCCCCAUGGCUGCCUGCAGCAAUGCACACUAUGGCUGGCAUGGAGGAGGCAGCUGCCACAUUUAUCAAGGAGACAUUAAGACCUGGUCAAUGUGAUAUAUGCCAGGAGAGAAUCCCUGAGGGUUAAGGGCACAGGAGACCUACUAAGGCCACCAUGGGUAGAGGCUGGAAGGCAAUGACUCCUGUUGUCCCCAUCUGUUCGAAUUGCUGCUGAAUGGAACAAUGCCCAGAUAAGUUUCACACCCUCGCAAUAUGUAUCAGAGUGACCUGCAAACUACUGAAAACAGGUGUAUUGGGCCAUUGCAGUAAUUAGCUCUGGAGUCCAUUCUUUGAAAAUCCCUUGCAUUGCUAUGCAAUGAUUGAGCCUCUGCAGCCGUCCGGAGUAGAGAAUACUAUAGACUCGCCAUCUGCUGAGAGAAGAAAGUUCUCCUCAGCUCGGCCUCAAAUGACCAACAGUGCACCUUAUUACUACACACUGUGACUUAAUAUUCACUGAUGAUAUAUCUAUAAAUAACAUCUCAAUAUUGAAAUUCUGGAUGGAUAACAAAAAAGCACAUAUGUGUGUGGCUAGAUUAUUGUACCAAACAUUUCAUUGUAGUGUUGUAAAUAAAACACUGGAACUUGAGGGUUUUGCAAAUUAAAAAGGGUACAAAAAUACUGUAAUUUAGUUAAACUUACACUUGUCAAAUCAGUUAAUAUGAUGCUAAGUAAACAAACACUUCUGCCCUUCUAAUGAUGAAAAUUAAUUCUGCAUGUUAUAUGUGAUUUACUUCUUUACCAUUUUGGGCUUUCAUUUUGUUUAACUGUUGGGAAGCCAAUCAACAGUCACUUGCGCAAUUGAUUUUAGUUUUGUUUCAGCGACCUGAAUUACUGAUGCAUCAAAUCUUUUCAAAACUCGUGUAUGCUGCCUGAGGUGUGAAUUAAUCAUUGCUGAUUAUUAUUUAAUUAUCUCAAGUAAGUCAUGGUUGAAUUCUUUUCAAAGCAGAACAGCUGCAUUAAUAAUUGUUUAAUGGAAGUACAUUUUGAGUCUAACUCCGCUGAAGUCUCUUAUGUGUAAUUAACUGAGAUAUUUUAUAGGUACAACAAAUCUAACCUCUGAAAUUUCACAAAAAAUGGCAGACUUUCCAAUUGUGCCCUUGAUGUGCACUGUGAAAUAGUAAAAUACAAGCAGCUUAACAUUUAGAUGAUCUGUCACCUUUAUUAAACAUUUGGCGGCUUCUUUGAGUGAUACAGCUGGCCCCAAGGAUGAUUGCAUUGUCACCAAGUAUGGGAUGUGGCUCACCCUGAUAUACCUUUUGAGAUGUCUAUAGCUUACUAAAAAUAAAGCGGUGUCUGAAAAAUAAAUGAACAGUUGCUUUGGUCUUUAAAGUUAUCGAGAGAUUAGAUAACUUUUUUCCAAACUGUGAGAUUGUUAUAGUGAAAGGAAAUAAAAAUACCAGCAAAAGAAAGCUCCUCCUCUGCUCAUGGACUUAAGAAGAAUCAUUUUUGGGAGCAAGUUAUUGUGGAAAAGAGCCGAAGAAAUUUCUGAUCAAUAUAUUUAUAUCGUAUAUAUAAAUUUAUUGUAUAAAUCUCCUCCUGUUUCGGAAACUUCAAAAAUAAAUCUCCUCCUGUUUCGGAAACUUCAAAAAUAAAUCUCCUAUUGAAACCAGUGUACCUGAUGUCAGUAUGAAAUUGAAACAGCUAAUUCCCAUCUUGGAUUACUCUAAAACUCCUGCAUUGAUUUGUACUUGGACUUUUUUUAAAUGCAGUGCUUGUCCCUCUAAGUGAGAAUUGAGAACUGAGGAUGCCUAAACACACCUGCA